UCCGGUGCUCAUGAGUGAUUAGUUUUUCUUUUCAGAAGAACCCCCUUCGAUUUGGUGUCUGUGGUUCCCAGACCAUGAGGGUCCACCGGUACCUAGUGAUUACCUUGCUGGUAACACUCAAUGUUUCGUGGACAAUAGCAAAAGCCGUUGUAGUAAACAGUGCGUUGAAGGAUGAAGCUGCGGCAAAACCACAGACAGUGCAAAAACGGGUAGGCUAUGACUAUCCAGCGCCUAGUGGUGGAGGCGCAGACGCAAGUACUGGAUAUGCCGAUGGAGGCGCAAGCGCUUUCGGAGGAGGAGCAUCUGCACAAGUGUCCUUCGACGUAGGAAACGUCGAUGUUCAACAUGUUGAUGUCCAUCAGGUGGAUGAGGGAAAUCUUGGUGGAGACAAUGGCUUAGGUGGUGGAUAUGCCGGUGGUUACGAUGGAGGAGUCGAAGUCCAGCACGUAGCAGACAUUGAACAUCACCACGAUAUAGAUCAUCAUCAUGAUCAUCUAGAUCAUCAUGAUAUUCAUCUGGAUCAUCAUGACGACCACUUUGAUCACCAUGACAUCCACCAUGAUGACCACCACGACCACCAUGACCAUCAUCAUGAUCCCGGCUAUUGGAAGAAGAAGGUCACCUGGAAGAAGGGAUGGAAGAAGAUCUGGAAACCAGCGCAAAAAAAGAUUUGGAAGCCUCAAUGGAAAAAGUACUGGAAGCCCAUUUGGGUGCCCACAAAGAAGCCUGGAUGGAAGGAGAUUCAGGUGCCCGAUUGGAAGAAGAUCUGGAAACCCGUCUGGAAGGACAUAAAAGUGCCUGCUUGGAAGGAAAUUCAAGUUCCCGAUUGGAAAAAGAUUUGGAAGCCCCAGUGGAAGCCGAUACAAGUACCAGCGUGGAAGGAAAUUCAGGUUCCUGACUGGAAAAAGAUAUGGAAACCAGUCUGGAAAGAAAUAUCAGUGCCAGCAUGGAAAGACAUCCAAGUUCCCGCCUGGAAAAAGUACUGGUAUCCAGUUUGGGUGAAGGAAGGAGUACAUGGCGACCAUUUCCUAGGCAAAGACCACGAAGGAAGCGAAUACACAGCUCACGAUAUCUGGAAGAAGAAGUUGAUUUGGAAAUCCGCAUGGAAAAAGUACUGGAAACCGGCCAAAAAGCAAAUAUGGGUUAAAGACAAAAAGCUGGAAUGGAAGGAAGCAUGGAAACAGAUCUGGCGCACCGAGAAGAAGCAGAUAUGGGUAUCCGAUAAGAAGUUGGUCUGGAAGGAGGCGUGGAAACAAAUCUGGAAAACCGAGAAAAAGCAAAUCUGGGUCUCCGACAAGAAGCUCGAAUGGAAGGCUGCUUGGAAGCAAAUCUGGAGAACUGAGAAAAAGCAGAUCUGGCUUCCCGAUAAAAAAUUGGAAUGGAAGGAGGCAUGGAAGAAAAUCUGGGUGCCGGAUUACAAGCAAAUUUGGGUUCCUGGCUGGAAGGAGAUUUGGAAGCCAGUCAUCAUCCAAGAAUGGUUCCCUUCGCCAGACCACCAUGAUCACCAUCACGAAGAGCACCAUGGAUGGGACCGGUCGGAUAAAAGCGGACAGGUUGACGCCAAAUUUGUUACACCUCCAUCAGCAAGCAACCUUCAAAAAAGGCAUAUAGAUGGGAACCCAACCACGGAACCGCCGAAAGAAGCAGAAAACAUUCAAAGUCAGAAGUCGUAGCUCAUAUUGAGGCACUACUGAGGGUACCAGUUGCCCAGCCACGUACCUUUGUAAAUAGUAUUAUUAGGUCAAACUUAUGCGAGACUUGCUAUGAAUUUUGCGAAACGAGCUGAAAAUUUGAAUAGCAAGAGCAGAGCAGGCUGAACCUCUGGAAUUCAAUGUAGACUGACUUUAAAUUACAUGCACAAGUCACGGUUCCCCAAAAAAGAUUUCGGGAAUUUUACCAUUCAGGCAAAAAUGUGCUAUUAUGUUCUUAGAUGGUCAUUCAUUUCUUUAAUGUGUACCAACUAGUCCUUAGUAUUGAUAAUAUCUGUUUUCUGUAGUUUUAAGUGUUUUGUUUUUUCUUGUUGUAUAUUUGUAAAUAAAUUAUUUUAAUA